GGGCGGGGCUGAGGCGGGGCCCAACAACCAACUCCAGGGAUCGCAGGGCUGGGACCCUUCAGCCAGCUUUCGCCAUGAAGCGGCCCAGGGCGCCCAGUGGCUCCGACGGCGAGUCUGAUGGACCCAUCGACGUGGGUCAGGAGAACGAUCUUAGCCAGAUGGCCAGGCCGAUGACCACCCCCAGCCCUUCGCAGAUGCAAGCCCGGAAGAAGCGCAGAGGGAUCAUAGAGAAACGGCGCCGAGACCGCAUCAACAGCAGCCUUUCUGAACUUCGAAGAUUGGUCCCCACUGCCUUUGAGAAACAGGGCUCCUCCAAGCUGGAGAAAGCUGAGGUCUUACAGAUGACUGUGGAUCACUUGAAGAUGCUCCAUGCCUCCAGUGGCACAGGGUUCUUUGAUGCCCGAGCCCUGGCUGUUGACUUCCGGAGCAUUGGUUUUCGGGAAUGUCUCACUGAGGUCAUAAGAUACCUGGGGGUCCUGGAAGGACCCAGCAGCCAUGCAGACCCUGUCCGGAUUCGCCUCCUCUCCCACCUCAACAGCUAUGCAGCAGAGAUGGAGCCCUCACCCACAACCGCCAGUGCCCUGGCCUUUCCCGUGUGGCCCUGGUCCUUCCUGCAUAGCUCUCCAGGCUUGCCUUCCCUAAGCAGUCAGCUCGCCAUCCUGGGAAGAGUGCCCGGCCCUGUCCUCCCCAGUGUAUCUUCUCCCCCUUACCCUGUCUCAGCCCUGCGGUCGGCACCAGUGCACAGAGCUGCUGCUACCAUCCCCCCAGCCCGGAGGAAUCUGUUGCCCAGCCGAGGGGCAACUUCCACCCAGAGAGCUCAUCCUCCUGAGAGGCCAGCUGUCCCUCCACCCACAGCCCUUGGUGUCAGGUCUGCCAGGGGCAUAGUACCCAUCCUGCCGUGUUCAUCCCCAACAGCCCCUGGAGCUGGGAAAUCUGAUGACAGUGUGUCUGGUUCCAUCUCCAGUCCUUCUCCUUCGGGGCCAACCGGGAGGCCUGCAGGAGCCGUGCUCUACCACUCCUGGGUCUCAGAAAUCACUGAAAUUGGGGCUUUCUGAGCUGACUCCCCACAAUCAUCCCCUAGGAAUGAGGAAGGUUCUUUUUUCUUUUUUCUCUCCCUGAAGCUCUAAGAAUGGUGCCAUCUUUCCUGUUUUGUUUUCUCAAAUGGCUUCUAUGCAAAGGCACCUCUCUUUACCCAUCAGAGCCUCAUCCCCUCUCACCCCCCUCACCACUGACCUGAUAGCCACCUGGCUCCCCCACAACCUUUUGAGAGCUCAGAGCCUUAGUCUCAUUUCCCACUGGCACAGAUGAGUUACAUGGGGCCUUAUGGGCCCCUAGUACUGUGGACCCAGUACACAUAUACCUUGGGUCUGGGUUAAAGCUUUUUUUUUUUUUGGUUUUUCAAGACAUGGUUUCUCUGUAUAGCCCUGGCUGUCCUGGAACUCACUCUGUAGACCAGGCUAGCCUCGAACUCAGAAAUCCACCUGUCUCUGCCUCCCAAGUUGGGUUAAAGCUUUAACUUCAAGGACUCCAUGGCAGAGUCAUGAAGAGGUGAGACACACCACCCCCCUUGGUCGGGAUGACUGGUGGGAUUCAGGUAUCCCAAGCCAACAAGAUGGAAUAUACUGUCUGCAUCACUCCCUGAAGACAGAAACAGGGCUACCGAGAAGUGUCUGUGACUCACCCCGUGAAAGAGUGAAACAGGACAGAUCUGUUCUCCAGUCCAUCUAAGGCCUGCAGCUGCCAUCAUCCCAACUUCAGACGUCCAGAUGACCACCCACUAGCUUGACAAACCAGGCCAGGAAGAUUCUCCACAGCCUGCCUCCCACCUCUGUGGCAGGGCAUCCUUACGACCAGGCUUCCCCAGUGCUUCAGACAGGAGCCAGGGCUGGGAAAGCAACAGGAGAGCCCCGCCCCCUUCUCUCGGGCACCAUCCUCCAGGACUAUGGCCCUUCCCACAGGGUUCCCCGUGUGGAGGACCAGUGGCCCCCGAUGGUGGCACCCCCUCCCCCCGCCCGCCCCAAAGAGGCACUCUCUUGGGAUUCGGCAGCAGACAUCUGAGCUGCCUGGUUUGCAUCCGGCUCCCAGAGCCCAGACUGCUGCCACAGCCAAGGGCUGUCAGGCUGGAUAAAAAUAACUUGGAGGAGGGGGAGAACCAUCAGAGGCGGCUCUUCAAGGUCAUGGAGUGGGUUGAGGGCCUGAGAGCCUGCUCACCCAGAUUUCACACAGCUGGCUCUGCUCAGAGACCCACUCUCUCCUCAACUCUGCCUCGGGCCAUUGGCUUCUAAUGGGAAUAAAUGGCCAGUGGAAGGAACAACAGAGACUGAACCAACGUUUAGGGUUGUCCUGUCAGUGGACAAAGUGUGGAAACAUUUCUGUUCUCUUUGUUGAACACCUGCUCCCCACAGUUCCCCCCCCCCCCAGGACCACCCAGCAUGCCCUUUGGAAGCACCCUCAUUCAUCCCUGGCAAAGCCAAGGCCGUGGGAACCUAGAACUGGUUACUCACUUCUGGGACCAUGCUGAUCAUGAAAGGCCUUUGAAGUCACCCUGGAAAGCCCCCACCCCUCACAAGUCCCAUCCCCAAACUUUGAUGGAACCAUGGUCCCUGGGGCUGUUGUAAGGAGCCUGUGGGCACAAGAUUAGAGUUUGCAAAAGCCAUGGAGCAAAAGAGUCAUUUCAGAAAAGUGGGAUAGAGGGCAGAGGUCACCUGAGUGACCCAGAAAGUGCUUGUGAGUAAGUCAAGAAGUGACUUACUCAACCCCCCUUACUCCCUAAUGAAAGCAAGUUCUUAGAAUAUCGCUGCCAUAUUGGACCUAUCUGAGGGCAUCACUGUGGUGUGCAUCACCAACCUACUGACGGAGACAGAUACAGGGACAGAAGGACGCUCCUGCAGGCUCCUGCAAGCGGGGAGAAGUGACAGAAGUCCCUGGAUAUUCAGGCCUCCCUGCAGACCUAUAGUUUGGCAAUCUCCUAGCCAGAGAUUCUGCAUCUGCUCCCAGCUUCACUGUGGGAAACAUUUACAUGUCACAGGUUCUCGAACUGCAGGGCAGUCUUUCACACCAUGGGAAUAGGGCAGAAGUGGCUGAACCCUUUGAGCAUCCAUCCUGAUUGAUCUUGGGUUUGUUCUCCCAGGAGACUGGGUGAGCCACCUGACCCCCAACUCCACCCAGCUGAGAACGCAGGUGGAAAUUUCUGGUGACCCCAAUAGUCUCAUUCCACUGCAGGGUAUUGCAGACAAGCAAUAAAGAUGUUUAGUUCUGGACACUUCCACCAGACUCUACGUCUUAAGUAUUUCUGGAGUCUCUGGACCUAUAGCCCUGGCCUCUCCCCUAGAUUAUACCCCAGUUUCUUUGCUUCUCUCUGGCUUGCCAUCAGUUCUGAAGAGCCACUGGAGAGAACGUGGCAUGUACAGGGCAUGUCACAUCAACCCAGCCUCAGAUACUCCUCCCCCGCCCCACCCUGUUAUUCUAGUGAUAAAAAUCAGAACACUUUUUAUAAUCCAAACCCGACUUCUAGUCUUAUUUCUUGCUGGUCCCAAUCUUGCUCAGUGCUUAUGUCACAGUGACCUGUUCUCACAUCCCCAACAUUUCCAUCUUAGAGCUUAUGAGGACCCCACAUAUGAGGGUCCCAGGAUGCUCCCCCACUCCCUUUAUGUGGCCUACUUCAGCUCCUUAAGCCUUCUCUUCCAUGUUACCUCCUCCUGGAGGCCUUCUGGGACUAGCGUGCUUGAUAGCUCAUUCAUCUGGAAAGUCCCGUUGUUUCCCUUCCUAGAGAGUUAGCGGGCAUAUACCUGCUUAUGUAUCUACUUGAUUAGGUAUAUUCCACGCUGGAACGUAAGCUCAAUGAGGUCAGGGGCCAGAGCCGGCCUGUGCUCCCAUAUGCACCCACCACCAAGCACACUGCCUUCAACUUCUGUUGCAUAAAUUGAUGAAGGAGGUGAGUAGGCUUGGGUUCCCUGCUGUGGCUGGCGGACUCUGCUAGGGUGGGUUCCACCGCCUUUCCCCGCUGGCUGGCUGACUUUGAGAGGAGACAGGAGAGCCAGGGCCAAAGGACUGGGGGUUCUGGCAGAAGGCCCUGGCCAGGGGAGACGCAAGCGUGUUGGCCUUGGAGUGAAUGCUGACAGCUGGGCCUGCCAGCAGAUUUGUUCUUUGCUCUUGGCCUGGCUCCUUAAUACAUCUAGCUCCCAACAAAUCCAGCAUUCAUGGAGAUCUACUCUGUGCCAGCCAGGCCUGGCAGAGCCAAUGGUCACGAACACAUGGUCACUCAGAGGGCAGUAUAUCCUCUACGCAGAAAAGACGGGCGGGCAUAUGACAAUCCCUGGAGUCGGCAGAGGGCUGCAGAGUGGGGUAGGUAUCUCUGGCUGGGCAGGAUGUGGGAUGUGGGGCCUGGAGGGAAGUCCUCUCAGAGAACCAGGGAACUCCCUUGCAGAGAUCUAGAGGCUCACCCAGGAACUACAGAAGCAGGCUUUGAGCAUAUGUGGAAGAUGGGCUAGCCUGAGCUCUGAGACUGAUCUUUAUUAGACACUUGUUAAUGAGAUAUCAUUUUCUUCAAGUUCUUUGCCCUUCUUGAACUGAAUGUUUUCAUCUGUAAAAUGACUAUGAUGCAGCCAUGGCUCCCCACAUAUGUGCGUGUGCAUACACACAAAUAAAUAAAACUGUCAUAA